UUUACCACUGACUGUUUCACAUUUUGAAUCAAAUAACAAUUGAACGUAGUUGCAGCGAUUGGUGAUGUUGAGAGCGCCAGCUGCCGAAUCGAACAAGGAUGUGAUUUUGGAGGUGUUGAGAAGAUUCGCAACAUCUGGAAAGAAAGUGUUCGAGCUAGCUUCUGGAACUGGACAGCAUAUGGAACAUUUUGCACGGGCUCUGCCGGAUGUCACUUUUCAACCGACUGAAGUUAAUGGUCGAUACCUCCAUUCCAUCGUUUCUUAUUUGGAUCAAAGUCAGUUUCCAAACGUCCGCAUCCCCCUCUUCAUCGACGUUGCAAAACCAUUCAAUCAAUGGGCUCUUCCUGCGGAUUUCGGACCUCAUAUGGUCGACAUUGUUCUCAAUAUCAACAUGAUUCACAUUUGCUCCACGGCUGCAGUUAAAGGCCUUUUUCAAUCUGCCGACUUGCUUCUUCACGAGACGAACGGAAUCCUCAUGACUUAUGGACCAUAUGCAGAGGAUGGACACAUUUCACCACAAUCAAACAUCGCAUUUCAUACAAAUCUGAAAGCUGAAGAUCCGGAACAUGGCCUCAAGGAUAUCAAAUAUCUGGAGAGGCUUGCAAACAGUUCGAACCUCCGUCUUGCCGAAAAGAUUACAGUUCCGAAGAAUAAUUUCAUUUUGAUCUUUUCCCGUUAAACGCUUGUACUUUUUAUUUUCAAUCUGUUCUCCUGUACUUGUAAUACUUGUAAUACGCUAGAUUUUCAGCGAUGCAUGGCCUUGAUAACUCCUUUUAACUGCAAAUAAUAUUUGCAAUAUUACGCUCUUUAAUAUAAUAUAAAGCAUGUUUGAUUUCAAUAUUCUAUGAUAUAUGAUGAUUUUAAAGCAUUUUCAAGUGUAA